UUGAAUUUUCACUGUUUCAGAAAGAAGGGGGAAAUUUCUAUAUUUAACAAUGGGCGCGGCCUACCAAUAGAGGUGCAUCCAAUUGAAGGAAUCUAUGUUCCGACAUUAAUCUUUGGAAACUUAUUCACCUCAUCAAAUUACAAUGAUAGAGAGGUGAAAGUCGUAGGUGGACGAAAUGGCUACGGUGCAAAGUUGUGCAAUAUUUUUUCGACCGAGUUCAUAGUGGAGACGUCAUCCCAGCAAAGUGGUAAAGUCUGGACGAACAACAUGCGCAAUUUCGACGAGCCAAUGAUAAUUGAAGAUUCCAAAGCUGUGGAUGGCACUCGGAUCACAUUCCGACCCGAUUUUGCCAAAUUUGGAGUUGCUGGUCUUGACGACGCCAUUUGUAGGAUGUUUCGAAAGAGAACCUAUGAUGUGGCUGGAACGCUUAGAAACGUUACUGUGUACUACAAUGGCGAGCUGCUAGAGGUACCAUCAUUUCGCGAGUAUGUCACACUGUACUCACCGGAUGCUGAGGAGAACGACAUACUGUACGGCGGCAAACAUGUUGACCACAUCAUUGAUCAAAUAGUGAACAUCAUUAAACCGCUGGUUGAUCCGAGUCUGAAAAAUGGCAUCAAGAAAAUAGUGAUCAAAAAUCAUCUGUGCGUCUUUGUCAAUGCCCUGAUUGAAAACCCAGCAUUCAGUAGCCAGACAAAGGACAUCCUCACUACUUCAGUAUCGGAUUUUGGUUCCAAAUGCGUAGUGGACGUGACUACAGUGAAGGAAUGGGCGGAGCGAAGCGGCCUUGUGGAGGAGUUGAUGAGCGAUGCGUUGGCAAGAGAGGCACUUUUUUGUGAAUAUGGUUUUUGGUUUCUUGGUAAUUCUCAGGAUCAGGGAAAAAUGAUUCCCAGUGUCGCUUUCUUUUUGUUUUAUGCGGCUCAUGAGAGUUUCUUCAAGGGACGACCGGCCAGAAAAAGGAAGAAAGUUACUGUGGUCGAGGAUUUGUCGGACAUCGUCAAGCUGGAAGAUGCUAAUUGGGCAGGAGAUGGCGAUCGCUCAGAGGAAUGUCGCCUUCUGAUAACUGAGGGUGAGUGA